CACAUUUAUAAUAUUAGUAGGGAUGGUCCAUAAAUUAAUGGCAUUUAUUUUUUGAAAAUAAUGCAUGGUCAAUUCCAUCAGUCCUAAAGGGUUUUCCAAUAACAGGUGUUACAGGUGAAUGGAUUGCGCUGUCGAGAGAUGGCCAGAAUUGAAGGGUAUUAAUCUGGACAACGUUUAUUUUCAACAAGACGGCACUACGUGCCACACCAUUGAUCUUUUACGGGAAAAGUUUCCGGACCGUGUUAUCCCUCGAAGAGGUGAUCACAAUUGGCCACCGAGAUCUUGUGAUUUAACAUCUUGUGACAUUUUUCUUUGGGGCCACGUGAAAGAGAAGGUCUACGUCAACAGCCCAGGGUUGAUUCAAGACCACAAACAUGGAAUUCGUGAGGCUAUUGAGGACAUAGGGUUAUGGAAAAUUUCAGAAAAGGAUAUUGUCCUGUAAGCAUGGUCGCGGUGGUCAUUGGCCUAAUGUUAUUUUCUACUAUUAACGGCAUACUUUCCUCUUUCUAAUGAAAUAAACAUCCGAUCAUUUAUAUUAUGUAAAAAAUAACAUUUUUCUUUGAAUAUCAAAAGAACACCUCUUAUUAAAAACCCCUAUUUUUUUGACUACUUCUUCCAAUAAACCGGGCCGUAUGGCGUGCAAGGUGGUUUGAAUGUUGCAAUAAAUCGAUUGUUAAGUGCGCUGUAUGGCAAGUUGCGCCAACUUGUUGUCGUCGAUGUUUAAGUGAAUAAUUUUUCAAAACAUAUUUAGAAGAAAUAAAAACCGAUGAUGCUGCCAGCGUGUAAAGCGCACGCAAAAUAGGCGAAGUGCUUUAUGAACUUCACGAACAGACUUAUUUAUUUAAAAUGAAAUGCCUACAAUUCAGAGGCGCGAUUCAUGAAGACUUACCGAACAUUACUGAACAGAAAUGCUAGCACAGUUUGCCAUUCUCAGCUGUCUAACCAGAGUUAUCGAUAUCAGGAACUCUCAUACAGCUAGAAAACACCCGAUAGAAGAUGGGGACACAUGUUGUUGGAUAUGUGACAACUGCGAACCGUAUGAAUAUGUAAUAAAUGAGUUUACAUGUAAGGACUGUGGCCCAGGCUUUUGGCCAUAUCCGGAUAAAUUAUCGUGCUUUGCGUUGGAGGUGUUAUACAUUCGCUGGCAAUCCUUAUUUGCCUUGAUCCCAUUGGCAAUUGCUUUAUUUGGCAUUAUAAUGACCGUCAUCGUUAUAGUAUUAUUUGCUAAGAACCAUGACACGCCGCUGGUGCGGGCUUCAGGACGCGAACUAAGCUAUACUCUGUUGUUUGGAAUUUUAGUUUGCUAUUGUAAUACUUUUGUUUUGAUAGCCAAACCUACGAUAGUAUCAUGUAUUUUACAACGAUUUGGUAUUGGUGUCGGAUUUUCCAUCAUUUAUAGCGCACUAUUAACAAAAACCAACCGAAUAUCGCGUAUAUUUCAUUCAGCGUCGAAAUCGGCUCAACGACUAAAGUAUAUAAGUCCACAAUCUCAGGUGUUUAUAACAGUAUCCCUUAUAGCUAUACAAGUGCUGAUCACCAUGGUUUGGAUGGUAGUCGAACCGCCAGGGACUCGUUUUUAUUAUCCUGAUCGAAAAGAAGUUAUUUUAAAAUGCAAAAUGCAAGAUAUGUCAUUUUUAUUCUCUCAACUAUACAAUAUGAUAUUGAUUACGGUCUGCACACUUUAUGCCGUUAAAACACGUAAAAUACCAGAAAACUUUAACGAAUCCAAAUUUAUUGGAUUAACAAUGUACACAACAUGCAUAAUAUGGCUGGCAUUUAUACCUAUUUAUUUCGGAACGGGAAAUUCAUACGAGAUACAAAUAACAACGUUAUGCAUAUCGAUAAGCCUAAGCGCAUCAGUAGCCCUCAUUUGCUUAUAUUCUCCAAAGGUAUACAUUUUAGUAUUCCAUCCUGAUAAAAAUGUGCGCAAACUUACUAUGAACAGCACAGUUUAUCGCCGUUCAGCGGGAGCUUUUGGUGGCGGAACCACAGGUCAAGGAGCUCCCAUUGGCACUUUUGGUGGUUUCGGAUGUGGUGGGACUGGCAGCACUUCGGGCUGCAGUCGAGUCACUGGUAGCGCCAAUGCAGUCAUCACGUCUGGUUCGACAAUCAACAAAAAUGGACAGUCACAAAUGAUAGCACAAAGCGAUCGAGUUGCCGCACAACCUUCUGAAAAUCAACAGUUAACUCCAGAAAUUGAGAAAGCAGGCUAUAUAAAAAAUAUAGCGGAAAACGAUAUAUAUAUUUGUGCGAACUUACAAUUAACCGCUUCUGACGAUGAUAAACAUGCAACCGAAUUUUUGGCCAUGGCAGAAACGAUUCGGCGGCGACUUAAUGCAAGCACCAGCACAAAUGGAGCUGCUAUAGCAGACACAGCUAUCGGAUGCGAAUGUGUCAAUAUUACUGAUCAAAAACUGGAUGAUCGUGCAAUGCUUAAUAUCAGCGCAAGUAGUAGCAGCAUUAAAUCAGUAAAAGGCUAAAUAAUAUGCGUUAACAAUAAGAGCUAAGGUUACAAUUAUAAAUUAAAAAUAUCUUGUGUUCA